AUGAUACAUUUUGAUGAAGUAGAAUAUGAAUUGCGAAAGAAUCUUCCGCCACAAUUUUCGAAAAGAAAGAAUGACAUUUAUAUAACAAGGCAUACAAGUAUCGCAGCUCAAAAAGCUCGCGUAAUUAGACUUCUAGAUGAGAAGAUGGAUGAAGUUGUACUUCAUGGCUUAGGAGCAGCCGUUAGCCGGACGAUAAAUGUUGCCUUACAAAUCCAACGAAAGUUAGUUGAUACGGUGAAAUUAGAUGUCAAAACUGGUACUGUCAAGGUUACGGACAGUUUGUUUCCAUUAUACGACGAAGUGGAUUUUAAAACUCGAAAUCGCUCAAUUUCAGCCGUACAUAUACGAAUAUCUCGACGAAUAAUGUGA